AUGGCUUCCCUCCAAUUGUCCGAGCUGGUUGACUUCGACCAGACGAGCCUCUUCAUCUCUGCAGCCGCUAUUGCAUUCAACCCGACCUUCUGGAACAUUGUCGCGAGACAAGAAUACCACAACAAGGUUCUUACCCGUCUGUUCGGCGGCAAGUCCCAGACUGCCUGCUACUUCCUCGCUGCGACCAUCUUCUCUCUCGGCAUCGUCCGCGACGUCCUCUACGAGCGUGCCCUCCGCGACCAGCCCAUCCACCCGCUGCUUGACACCAAUGAGGCCACGUAUGCAGGCUAUGCCCUGCUGGCCGUGGGCAACCUGCUCGUCAUCUCGUCCACGUGGCAGCUCGGCAUCACCGGCACCUUCCUUGGCGACUACUUUGGCAUCCUCAUGGACGACAUUGUCACUGGCUUCCCCUUCAACGUGACCGACGCUCCCAUGUACUACGGUAGCACAAUGAGCUUCCUGGGCUCGGCGCUCGUCUAUGGCCGUCCCGCGGGUAUCCUCAUCACCGGCUGGGUGCUCUUUGUGUACCUGGUCGCCUUGAGCUACGAGAACCCCUUUACGGCCAGCAUCUACGCCAAGCGCGAUGCGGAGCGUGCCGCCGGUGUCAAGAAGGACAGCAAGAAGAAGCAGUGA